AUGGCCCUGCAUGUUAUUUUACUGACUGCGUUCGUUAUGUUGUUGCAAGCGGAGAUCGAGGCUCAGAGUCCAUACAAUUGGUGCUCCCAACAGGCGGCAACGUACAAAGAAAAUUACGAAAAAUAUUGCACAAGACAGUCCACGAAGAGCUUGUGCACCGAAUUUCUAAAAGAAAUAAUACCUAGAUUAGAAAACUGCAAGGGUAUGAAAUGA